CCGCGAGAAAGGAAGGACGAGGAGGAGGAGGAGGAGGAGGAGGUGUCCCCGCGGCCCGAGCAGAGGAACCUCACUUCCUCUCCUCAUUCACUCCCUCACAACCCUCACGCGCCCGCACGCACCCCACACAGGUGACGAGAACCAGGGCAAAUGUGAUGAGAGUGUGAUGAUAAGCUUCCCGUGGAGAAUCAGAGCCGAAUUUGGGAGAUUUAAUUGAGUUUGUGGUUAGUGAUUCGAGGGAGAAACUUGACCACAACAAAUCAUGUCGACACAGCGAGCGCUCUCCCUCUAGGUGCUCAGCGGCUGAUCUGCCUUAUUUGCGGGAUUCUAAAGGUGUUUGUGACUUAUUCCGCGAGUUCUUUGAGGACAAACUAAGGGAUGUUUGUUUUGAAGUGUGGUCUGGUGGGUUUGUGAACACAACCAUAAUGCAGGAUGGAUGUAGAUGAGCACCAGGAUGAGUCAUCUGAGCAAUAUGACGAGAUGUCGUCUGAAGAGAGCACCCACAAGGCGUGCUCUGCUGAGCGCAACCAGCAGUCGUCACCUUUCUCAGAGAGUAAGGUCUUUCGGUUAAGCCCAAUAGAGUUUGACAGUGACAGUGGGGCAGAUGGCGAGGAUUUUCCGUCGUCAGGCAGAAAUGGGCUCGACCACCUUAAGGGCAUUAAUAAGGAGGAGGAGGAGGAGGAAGAAGAGAAAAGGGAAAAGUUUGAAGCUGCCACAGAUAUUUCGUUCCUAAAAGAUAAAUCUCUCACAGCAUCACCCACCAGAAACUUCAAAAGUUCCUAUGCUAAGUCUCUGGCAGACUCCUACAGACGGGCAAGCCUGCCUGUGGUGGUGGGCUCCCCCAAGGGGCAGUUUUAUUUCAAGAAUGAUGAAUUCCUUAGUCUGAAUGCUAGGCCUGCAAGACUCUCAGGGUUCGGUCAAGACAAGUACGUGAGCCUAAAUACCAGUUCAACCAGGUCUCCUUCACUGCCUGGCUUUGAGCCUCUUUCACUUCCAACAAUACUUGAUGUGGUGCCAGAACCUCAGGAAUUGCAGCAGGAGGUGAGAGAAUCUAAAUCUACAACCAGGAAUCUCUACAGUCAGCUACUUAAUGAAGAGGAAGUUUUCGUGCCAUACGAGCGGCUACAAAAGUUCUGUGAGGAAGGAGGAAGCAACUUCUCCCUCCAAGACUGGCACAGCUUGGGCUCCCUCAUAACCAGUGACGGAAGAAAACUUGUGAAACUCUCUGAUUUUCAAGAAAGAGUGAAGAAGCACAAGCCUUCAAAGUUAAUUGAAAAUGGUUAUCCAAAUGUGAAUGGGGGUGAAAAAGAUGCACAGGUUGAAGGCCUCCGCUUGGAGAGAGGGCAGCUAGAAGGCCGUAUAGAACAGCUGUGUGAUGUGCUCGCAGAACGAGAUAAUACAGUGCAACGGUUGGAAGAGGAUUUGUUACGCAUCAGAAUG